AUGGAAGUUGGUACAGACUUCUUGCACCCUGGAAGGAAGGCAGUUAAGCCGGACGAAAUGGCUUCUACCUUUUCUUGUGUCAAAGAAGUUGGUGUCAAUGCCACCCUUGUGCUAUUGAGGGCUUCCGAAGCUGCUUCUUUGUCACCUUCAUUAACAGCAACAGGCAACAGACUGAAUGGCAUCCAGGAUUUACAUGAUUGUGUCAGUAAAUUGCUUCAGCUGUCAUUCACUCAACAAGCCUUAGCGCAAGAGCAGCACAAGACAUGGUUUGAUGAGCUGUUACAUGAAUCUCUUAGACUGUUGGAUCUGUGUGGAAUCGCAAAGGAUUCCUUAUUGCAGACAAAGGAAUGCACACAUCAACUUCAAUCAAUCAUGCGAAGAAGACGGGGGAGGUCAAAUGGAGCUUAUAAGGGAGAUUGA